GCCGGUGGCGGCCAUCUUGACUGUGGGCAGCCAGGGAACGCUGCGCCUGCGCGAUGGUUCUCCUCUGCUUGCUGUGGCGUCGGUGUUCCUGAGCCCCGGGGCUGGUGGUGGUCGGCGGUGGCAGAGAUGACCCAAGCCGAGAAGGGGGACACGGAGAACGGGAAGGAGAAGGGCGGGGAGAAGGAGAAAGAGCAGCGCGGCGUGAAGCGGCCCAUCGUGCCCGCGUUGGUCCCCGAGUCGCUGCAGGAGCAAAUCCAGAGCAACUUCAUUGUUGUCAUACACCCAGGUUCAACAACUUUAAGAAUCGGCCGAGCCACAGAUACACUUCCAGCCAGCGUUCCUCACGUCAUUGCACGAAGACACAAGCAACAAGGACAACCCCUGUACAAGGACAACUGGCUCCUAAGGGAAGGACUAAAUAAACCCGAAAGUAAUGAACAAAGACAAAAUGGCCUUAAAAUGGUGGACCAGGCAAUAUGGUCUAAAAAGAUGUCAAAUGGUACAAGGCGGAUCCCUGUGUCACCAGAACAGACACGCUCCUACAACAAGCAGAUGCGACCUGCCAUUCUAGAUCACUGUUCUGGAAACAAAUGGACAAGCACGACUCAGCAGCCUGAAUAUUUGGUAGGAGAAGAGGCCUUGUAUGUUAACCCACUGGACUGUUACAACAUUCACUGGCCUAUCAGAAGGGGUCAGUUGAAUAUCCACCCAGGCCCUGGAGGCUCCCUAACAGCUGUUCUGGCAGAUAUUGAAGUGAUAUGGUCUCAUGCAAUACAAAAGUAUUUGGAAAUCCCACUGAAAGAUUUAAAGUAUUAUAGGUGUAUCUUGUUAAUCCCAGAUAUCUAUAACAAACAGCAUGUGAAAGAGCUGGUCCAUAUGAUACUGAUGAAGAUGGGCUUUGCAGGGAUAGUGGUCCAUCAGGAGUCUGUGUGCGCUACGUUUGGGAGCGGCUUAAGCAGCACCUGUGUUGUAGAUGUUGGAGACCAGAAAACAAGUGUGUGCUGUGUAGAGGAUGGGGUGUCUCAUCGGAACACACGGCUUUGUCUGGCAUAUGGGGGCUCUGACGUGUCGAGGUGUUUUUACUGGCUCAUGCAGCGAGCGGGAUUCCCUUACAGAGAGUGUCAGUUAACAAAUAAAAUGGAUUGCCUCCUCUUGCAGCACCUUAAAGAAACCUUUUGUCACUUAGAUCAGGACAUCUCCGGGCUUCAGGACCAUGAGUUUCAGAUUCGGCACCCGGAUUCUCCUGCCCUGCUUUACCAGUUUCGAUUAGGAGAUGAAAAGCUCCAGGCUCCAAUGGCGCUGUUUUACCCAGCAACCUUUGGGAUUGUCGGACAGAAGAUGACAACUUUGCAGCACAGGUCCCAGGGAGAUCCUGAGGAUCCGCAUGAUGAACAUUACCUGCUGGCCACCCAGAGCAAGCAAGAACAGUCUGCAAAAGCCACUGCUGACCGCAAGUCUGCAUCCAAACCCAUUGGGUUUGAAGGGGAUCUCCGUGGCCAGUCCUCUGACCUUCCAGAAAGACUCCAUUCCCAGGAGGUGGAUUUGGCGUCUUCACAGGGAGACUGUUUGAUGGCCGGCAAUGAGUCCGAGGAAGCCCUUACUGCACUGAUGUCCAGGAAAACUGCUAUCUCACUGUUUGAGGGCAAAGCCUUGGGCCUUGAUAAGGCCAUCCUGCACAGCGUAGACUGUUGCUCAUCCGAUGAUACCAAAAAGAAGAUGUAUAGCUCUAUCCUGGUUGUGGGAGGCGGUUUGAUGUUUCAUAAAGCGCAAGAGUUUCUUCAGCACAGAAUUCUCAACAAAAUGCCACCUUCAUUCAGGCGAAUUAUUGAAAAUGUGGAUGUGAUCACAAGGCCCAAGGACAUGGAUCCCCGGCUGAUUGCAUGGAAAGGAGGUGCAGUAUUGGCAUGUUUGGACACCACUCAGGAACUGUGGAUUUAUCAACGAGAAUGGCAACGCUUUGGUGUCCGAAUGUUACGGGAACGAGCUGCCUUUGUGUGGUGAAAACCACAACCAAGUCUCUAGACAUAAAGACUUAAAGAGUGUAUGUAUUGUGCUGAGCAAAUGGACUCUUGACUAAACCAAGUUUAACUUUGGCAAAUGGAAACCACAAGCAUCAUCAUCAAGCUUCCAUGAUUGGCUCGUGUAAGGAGCUUGCAUGUUGCUCUCAACAAAAUCUGGAGAAAACACCGGGACUUUCAUGAUGUCAUUUGAGAAGUAGGAAAGUAACCUAAGCAGAGCUUUACCUAAAAUGAGGGGAAAUCAUCUCUUCCAUGAAGUAUGGCUGAGGAAAGCCUUCGCUAGUCAGUGACUUUACACACUUACAUACCCAGCCAAGAACUCCCCUGGCCUACUGCUGCCUGUGCUUUAAAUCACUUCCAAGCCAGAGUAGCUCCCAAACCCCAUCCUGACGUCAAACCACUUAUUUUGUGUUUGUGACAUCCAUAUUGUUACACACACACACACACACACACACGCACACAUGCACAGAAUUCCCAUCACUGUAUCGAGUUCCAAAGUAUCCACUUUGUGAUUCCUUUGUGCUUGGUCCUGUGCAUGCUACUCCACACAUCCUAGGACAGUAUAUGCCCAUGUUGGGGUGUCUAUGACUGGUGCAAACCCACCGUCUGCCCGGAGUGUCCAGCUUAUGUUCAUCAAAAUUGAAAAUUCCUCUGUUGCCACACUUGUCUUGACAAGUUCCACUUGGAGGUUCCUCAAGUCCCCUGGAGUGAGUGUGUGUUGGACCAUCCACUCUGGAGAUGGCCCUGGAAGGAGGCAAAGGGACUUCAUGUGACACUCCUGUUUCUGGCGCACUCAGAAGUUACUUCCUCCAAAUGAUCUCUUGUGUUUCAUCACCCGUUCACAACUCACUUCUGCUAAGAAAAGCCAAACUACUGGAUGCUGGCAGGUUUAUGCAACCGAGUAAAUCUCAGCUUUGUGGU